UCCACCACCACAACAACAAAAACAACACCGUGAGCAAAAGUCCAGAAUUUGUUUCCAAAAAAAAAAAGCCGCCAAAUGACGCGACGACAUAAAAUAACCAUUCAGCAGCCGUAAAAUACGUUAAUAAUAUUUGAAAAAAAAAAAAGAUCAGUUAAAUUUGCUUUUUAUGUCAAUUUCGGUCACAGUUUUGUUUGAUUCGAUACAAAAUUUCGUGCAUUUGUUCUCGUUUCGUCUUUUUCGUUUUGUUUUAUUUUUUAAGCUUUUCGGUAUCCUUUUAUCAUACUUUCUCGCGUGUUGCGCGUCGUCCUCAUCUGGUCACACUCGUGUCUAUCCACACAUCUCUGUUAACGAAAAGAAAAGUGAACACGCGCGUUAUUUUCACACCCCCACCCUUUCGCACCGCACCGUCUCCUUCUUGUGUUUGUGACAUUUUUGGCAUUAUUAUUGCAUUCCACGUGUGUUUCCGUGUUUUUGUUCGCCCGGUCUCGUCCCGUAUUUUGUAAGUGUUUGCCACCGAGUGUAAUAUGUUUGUUAAUGUUUCCAAUUGUGCAAUUUGCUUGCCAUUCCCUUCCCUCUCGCUCUUCUAGUGAUCCGUCGUAAAAUUUUCUUCGUUUCGUCUUUAUGAACGUGUUAUAAAAUUAUUGUGAAAAGCAACAAAAAAAAAAAACACAAAAAAUCAAGCAAGGCUCAAAUUUUACGACAUCAAUACCAACAACAACAACAACAACAACAAUAUUUACCCCGCUGUUUUGUAAGUUUUUGUUGGUAUUGGUGCAAAGAGUUCUUAGCAUGAACCAAGCUGUAAGUUUGCACUACGACGAGAAAGAAAACGUAGCGACCAUGAUGUCCUGCGCCCUACCUAUGCCAUUACCGAUACCGAUACCUUCAAUACAUAAAACUGAAUUCACACCGGUUCACAUUGGAGUCAAGGUAAGGAUCGAUGAACAAUUUCUGUAUAAACUCAAUCAUUUGGUGAGUCCACACGCUUAUUUCCAAAUGCCAACACAAUUACGCGGAAGCGACGAACUUUUGAGUCAAGCAGCAGUCAUGGCGCCCGCUUCCGACAAUAAUAAUCAGGAUCUGGCUACAAAGAAGGCCAAACUGGAUUCGAGCACCGUGCUGGCCGGCGGAAUUGCCAAAGCCUCGAAAGUCAUUCAUUUGCGCAACAUUCCAAACGAAUCUGGUGAAUCGGACGUAGUUGCAUUAGGCAUACCAUUCGGACGUGUGACAAAUGUCCUGGUGCUGAAAGGCAAGAAUCAAGCAUUUAUUGAAAUGGCCGACGAAAUAUCCGCCACAUCAAUGGUAUCCUGUUAUACAGUGAAUCCGCCACAGAUGCGCGGUCGCAUGGUCUACGUGCAGUUCUCCAAUCAUCGCGAGCUCAAGACGGACCAGAGUCACAAUCAGAACUCGUCGGUGGUGCAGAGCGACUAUCGCAUUCAAUCGCCUGCCGGUGGAUCACCCUUGCCGCUAUGCGCCGGGGGCAAUGUGACCAGUAACAAUGCAAACAGCUCGGGCGACAGCAACUGCAGCACUGUGGCCAUCUUACAAAACAACACGAGUGCUGUAAACGCCUCAGCGGCCGGCAACAAUACCAAUGCAGCCGGCGGACCCAAUACCGUGCUGCGCGUAAUUGUCGAGACUCUGAUGUAUCCAGUUUCGUUGGACAUAUUGCAUCAGAUAUUCCAACGUUUUGGCAAGGUGCUAAAAAUAGUUACCUUCACCAAGAACAAUUCAUUCCAGGCGCUCAUCCAGUAUCCGGAUGCCCACUCUGCACAGCAGGCCAAGUCUAUAUUGGAUGGCCAGAAUAUCUACAACGGUUGCUGCACUUUGCGCAUUGACAACAGCAAAUUGACCGCCUUGAAUGUCAAGUACAAUAAUGAUAAGUCACGUGACUUUACGAAUCCGGCGCUGCCACCGGGCGAGCCGGGCGUCGAUCUCAUGCCCACUGCCGGCGGUCUCAUGAAUACAAAUGAUCUGCUGUUGAUUGCUGCCCGCCAGCGGCCCUCACUAACAGGUGAUAAAAUAGUCAACGGUCUGGGAGCACCCGGCGUGCUGCCACCUUUCGCCUUGGGCCUGGGCGCACCACUCACCGGCGGCUACAGUAACGCCCUGCCCAAUUUGGCCGCCUUCUCGCUGGCCAACAGCGGCGCCCUGCAAACAACUGCGCCCGCCAUGCGCGGUUACUCGAAUGUUUUACUCGUUUCGAAUUUAAAUGAGGAGAUGGUCACGCCUGAUGCUCUAUUUACCCUCUUUGGUGUAUACGGCGAUGUGCAACGUGUAAAGAUUUUGUACAACAAAAAGGACUCGGCACUCAUACAAAUGGCAGAGCCACAGCAAGCUUAUUUGGCCAUGUCUCACCUUGAUAAAUUACGUUUAUGGGGCAAGCCAAUACGUGUCAUGGCCAGCAAACAUCAGGCCGUGCAACUGCCCAAGGAGGGACAGCCGGACGCGGGCCUCACACGUGACUACUCACAGAAUCCAUUGCAUCGUUUCAAAAAGCCCGGCAGCAAGAACUAUCAGAACAUCUACCCGCCAUCGGCGACACUGCAUUUAAGUAACAUUCCCUCAUCCUGUACCGAGGAUGACAUCAAAGAAGCCUUCAGCUCCAACAAUUUCGAGGUUAAAGCAUUCAAAUUUUUCCCUAAGGACCGCAAAAUGGCGCUGCUGCAACUGUCGUCGGUGGAGGAGGCUGUGCUGGCACUGAUCAAAAUGCACAACCAUCAGCUGUCCGAGUCGAAUCAUUUGCGCGUGAGCUUCUCCAAGUCGAACAUCUAGAAUCCGACCCGUGGUCAGGUUCACUGAACUUGACUGAGUGCCAACAGCAGCUAUGCACUACGGCAGCAGUUCUUUUGGCAGCAACAGAUACAAUCUAUUAUUCGUAGUACAAGCGGCGUGCUGGGCAAUCGCCAUCACAUCCACUUCAACUGAGAAAGCGAGCCCAACCAACCCAAUACAACCCAACCCAUCAAACAACAGCAGCAACAAUCGAUGCAAGAGCUAUAGCUACUUAUAUACAAACAAAAUCUAAAAUCUAAUUUCUGUUUUUAUUAUAACAAUGCGCAAAACUCUAUCAUAACACUUACUACAGAAAUUCUAAAAACUAAUAAACAAAACUA